UUUCACGAGAGAUGCGGAGACUUCUUUUACGUGGGCAACACGCUGCCUAACACAUGCCAAUCGUAUAGAAAUAGAAAUCAGCUCGUAUGUAUACAGGAGGACUAUCUUGUUUCGGUGGAUUGUUUUGGUAAAAGAAGAUUGAGAUGCAGAAGCCUCAUGUUGUGGCAGUGCCAUUCCCAGCAAUGGGUCACUUCAUCCCUUUUCUCCACCUGGCAAAGCUCCUCUCUUCCCAUGGCAUAGCCGUCAGUUAUGUCACAACACCAGGUAACAUCUCCCGUCUGCAGAUUCUCCUUUCUCAACGUCUAAACGAUGGUCUCGAUGUUCGCCUGGUGGCCCUUCCCACGCCCUCCGUGGAAGGCUUACAAGGACAAGAGAGCACUGAUCUCCUUUCCCCAGAAUCAGACGACCUUACCUUUCAGCUAGCACAAAGCCUUCAACACCCUUUCAACAUUUGGAUGGAGCAGCAAUUCCACCAACAAACAGCAGCACCUCCUCUGUGUAUCAUCCACGAUAUGUUCGUGGGUUGGGCUGUAGACACAGCCCAAAAAUAUAACGCUGCCAGUAUUCUGUUCAAUACCUGCGGGGCCUUUGCAAUAAGUCUGAUGCAUUCCAUGUCGUGUUCGAUAUUGCAUAACGCAUUGGAGAAAGAAGGGGAGGACAGUGUAAUGGUUAGCUUCGAUCUUCCGCAUCCUCUCAGAUUGUUUAAACAUGAAGUGUCCCCCGGUUAUUUCAAUCCAGAUCUUACAGACUUCAUCCAGCAUUUCAUUUUUCACCGUAUGCAGGAAAUUGGUAAAGGAUCAGGAAUACUAAUAAAUACGUUCCACGAGCUCGAGCCUUUCUAUGUCCAGCACUUGAAAAAAUUAACCGCUAAAUCAGUUUGGGCCAUAGGUCCUGUACAUCCCCAAAAUUUAUAUAGCGGAUCUGGUAACGUUAACAUGGGAGGGAAGAUGAGGGACAACAGAGAACAAGAAUUGGUUUGCUGGCUGGAUUCUCAAAACCCUCGCUCCGUUGUGCACGUUUCUUUUGGGAGCCAGACCUUCUUAUCAGAAGAGCAAACGCAGGCUUUGGCCAGAGGUCUGGAAGCCAGCGGGCAGCCAUUUGUUUGGGCUAUCAAAGUAUCCCAAAAGAUGGAACCAGAAUCUUCAGAAUCAAAGACCGACUGCAUUAGCACGUAUCUGCCGGAGGGUUUUCUGGAGCGAACAAAGGAGAGAGGGUUCAUCAUACGCGACUGGGCGCCCCAGCUUGUAAUUCUUUCCCAUCCUUCAGUAGGUGCUUUUAUAAGCCACUGCGGAUGGAACUCUGCGCUGGAAAGCAUUUCUUUUGGUGUUCCAAUACUCGCAUGGCCCAUGUUUGGAGAUCAGCACUUCAACUCAAAACUUUUUGCAGAAUUAGGCAUAGGAAUUCAAUUCUGUGAAAACAGAGAUGGAAUUCCGAAGGAGGAAAGAGUAAAGGAGGCUGUUACAGUGGCUCUAAUUGGACACAAAAGAGGAGAGAUACGAGAGCGUGCAGAACAAUUGAAGGAAAUGGCUCUAAACGCGAUCGAACGGGAAGGAUCUUCAGCAGCAGACUUGAGAGCUUUUGUAAGUGACAUGCAUAAAUUGAACAGAACAAAAGGGAGCAACUGAAAUGAAUCGAUCUGUUGUCCAAUUUGUUUGGGCGGUGUUAUCAGGCGAGUGCGGGAGCUCCUUGAUGAUUCUGUGUUAGGGAUGUUUGGGGAAAUCAAAUGAUAUUGAUCUUUUGUUAUUACAGGGAGUGGUUUUUGCUGUUCAAGUUUCAGGAGUGGUUUUAGCUACUUAAAUUUCUGUCGGACUUGAUCUGUUUGUUUUGCGAUGUUCAAGACUAGGUCCCUUUUGUUAAACUCUCGUUGA